UAGGUAAUGCAUGGUUGGGAGUAAUGGAUGAUGAAAAGCAAAAGCAUAUUCUUGCAUUAACAUUAGCAAGAAUAUUGGUUAAGGAAGAAGAUUGGAAUUUCUAUGCAAAUAAUUGUGUAGAAAAUCCACUAAUACAAGCAACAAAACUUGGUAUAAAUGAGUUAAUCAUUGAAAUUAUACAAAAUUACCCUCAAACAAUAGAAACCAUAGAUGAAGAGGGAAAAAAUAUACUACAUAUUGUAGUAGAACAAAAAAAUAGGUUCAUAUUUGAUUACAUUAUGAAAAAUGUAUCACACAUAGAUAGGUUGCUUGUUGAUAUUGAUCAUCAUGGAAAGACCAUAUUGCAUUCUGCAGCAAGUGUUGGAUCACCAUUCAAAUUUUCUACAGAGGAACCACCAAUUGAAAAAACAACAAGGGGUUAUAAAACAUUGAUACUCAUGGCAUGGGGUGUACUAUGGUUUAAGCGUGUAAAAUAUUGUGUUCAUCCACGUUUAUGGACAAUGAAGGAUGAUGAAAACAUGACUCCAAAAGAGCUAUUUGAUCAAAAUCAUUCAAAUGUAUGCAUAGAAGCAGAGAAAGCAAUCAAAGAUUUAGGAAAUCCAGCUCUCAUUCUAUCAACACUUCUAUGCACAAUCAACUUCGCUGCGGUUUUCACAAUCCCAGGAGGCUUUGAUGACAAAUCUGGACUACCUAUUCUACUAUCAAAACCACAAUAUUCAGAGUUAUGGAUGUUGAUGUUUUUCAUAGGUGCAGCACUUUAUGAUUCAGUCUUCACAAUGGGAACUGUGUUAUCACAUUCACAGUUUUAG